AUGCGUUAUGCAAUAGCUCAUAGAAAUACAAUAAACAAACAAACACCUCACUUGGCUACAGCAAAGUAUUCUGCAAAAAAAAUUAUAUCUGGUUGUUUUGGAGAAGGUUGGACACUAGUGAUGAAAAUUGAUGGGAAUAAGAAAACGUUCCAAUAUAAUUCAUCGCUUUGGAGCAACAAGGAGAGUUAUAAGACGGAAAAUGGUGAAACUGGAUUAGGUCAAAAUGAAACAAAACUUCCUACUUACUGGAGCACUCAAAUAAAGAAGAUGUGUGUUGGAAUGAAAGUAAACAGUAAAAUAAAAUUCAUAAGUUUUGAAAUACAAGCUGAGUCCUUAUACGAGCUCAUUGCAGACGGAAAAUAUAGGAAGACCACUUUGAGCCGUAGCCAAUGGUUGACAUUGGUUGAAAAUAGCUCACUUCAACAAUAUUGUGAUAGAGAAGGCUUUAACGUCGUUGGACUACGUGGUGGAGACGCUGAAGUAAAGCUUGGCAUUUUGGGAAAUAAUGAAAACGAAUGUAUUUCACCUGACUCUUUCAUUGGCUUUGGUGGAUCACAUGACUGUAAUUUUUGCGGCGUGAACAGCUGUGGUAAUUUUGUUUCUUGGAGUAGCAAUGACAAAAAUGUUCGAACAAUGGGAUAUAUUUUUAUUGCUUAGUUGUUGCAUUAAAGGCAUUGCUUGAUAUUUUUAUUUUUUAAUUUGUUCAUUCUUUAGAAAUACUGGAAUGAAUAAAGACUGAAUUAACUAAAAUAGAAAAUUCACGAUUUAUAGUCAAUACGUUUAACGCUGUAAAAGUUAUACAUUAUUAAAAUACAGAACAAAAUCUUGGAGCCCAAGAUGUUGCUGUAAAAAGUCACUA